CAGUAUGACAUGCAGAUGAGUGCCGUCGAUCUUAGAAUCACCGCACACUUCACUCAUUUGGGCAGUCACGGGGCCAAAACCAGAGUGUGGAGCCACAGUGUGGCGGUGGAGGCAGCAGCAAUGGGAGGCCAUACAGCACCCUAUGACAAAAUGGAACCCACCAGCAGUGUGAGGAGACCUGAAAGUGGCACAUGGCAGAGUGUGGAGAUGGAGACAGCAGCAAUGGGAGGCCAUACAGGGACCCAUGACACACUCUGGACCUGGCAGCAGCAUGAGGAGGCGGUACAGGGGCCCAUGACAGAUUACGGGCCUGGCAGCAGCAAUGGAAGGCCAUACAGCACCCUAUCACAAAAUGGAACCCACCAACAGUGUAAGGAGUCCUGAAAGUGGCACAUGGCGCAGGGUGGCGGUGGAGGCAGCAGUAUUCGGAAGCCAUACACAGGCCUAGGUUAAAAAGCGGAAGCCGUCAGCAGCGUGA